UUCUGGAUCCCAUCGCUAGAGAGAUAAUCCCGAGGGUGUGUAUCAGCUAGAAGACGCAAACCCUAGCCUCCGUCUCCCGGAUCCCUAAAGAUCAUCUCCGAUGGAGUCAGGUACGCUUCCGCUCAGUUAAUUCUCUAGAUAAUUUCAAUAUGAAGAUUAAAGUAUUAUCGGAUUUAUUCCAACAAUUGGUAUCAGAGACACCUUCAUAUUGAAUUAUUUGGAGUUAGUUGAUGAUUAAAUGGAAAUCGAAAUUUUCUUGUAUGGCUGCCGAUUUGAUUUGUGGCAGCAUACUUGGGGGCAGCAUACUUGGGUUUCGUUUUGUCUUUUGAUUCAUUGUUCUUUAAGCAAAGCAAUUUCACACGUUAUGAUGGGAUACUGCGAUUUGUAUUUUUUAUUAUAAUUAUUAUGUUUCUAAUGCCACUACCUGCAUGGAGUCAGAGUUAGAUUUAUACAAUAAUUCGGCAAUUGAUGUUGUAGUGGAAUUGUACAUAUUUCGUAAUUGUCGAAUUGUUAUUUUCUACAUAAUUCGCAAAUUUAUACACACACAUAUAUAUAUUGGACAACUCCGGCUUUCAUAAUUGUCGAAUUGUUAUUUUUCUGGGUUUUGUUUUGGGAUCAAUCAAUCAUGCGAUUGAAUAGUUUUUUUUGGGUUACAUCAUCAAUUUUCUGGAAAAUAGAUUCAAUAGUCAAUUAUUAUUUUGGAUGUGGCUGAAUUGAUUCAUAACUAAUCAUAAUUUCAGUUUCUUUCUUUAAGGAAUCAAGCCUUUAGCUUAUUUGUUUUGGAUUUGGAAUCGAUUUUGUUUUAAAACGAUUAGGCAUUUACCCGAGAAUACCUAUAUCAAAUUAAAUUUUGACAUGCUUCAUUUUUCGGUAAUUUAAUUUUGGAAUUUUAUGGCUUUAGUAAUAUAUUAAGUGCAUAUAUGUGAUUAUCGAUUUGGUAAUUAAAUACUUAUAUGUGAUUACGGGCAAAAUCAGUUCCAUUAGAAUUGCAUAUUUGGAAAUAAAUUACUUUUAUUGGUGAUCAUGAUUUACAGUUAAAAAUGUAUUAUGUGUUAUGGAUGUAUAAACCCUAAUUUGUGAUCACAUAAAGAUUGGGUACAUGUUUUACAAAUUUCGUUACACAUAACACAUUUGCAUGUGAUUCAGAAAAAUUCGCCCAAUUUUAUUUUCAGAUUGUUGAUUUAAUAUUAGCAUGUCUAAUAUUUGGGUUGAUUAAUUGACGCAACAUGCUGCCAAAGUAGCCUCUCUUGUUGAAAUUAAUUAACUCAUAUAUUAAGAUGAUUGUGUACUUUCUUAUUUCAUGCGGAUAAUAAUCGGCCCAAAGGAAGGUUAUUAUUUGGCCGAAAUUUAAGUACAUUUGUGAUAAUAAAAUUUGUGAUGAUUAUGAAGUUUUUUCGUGUGAAUAUUAAGUCGGUCCAAAGAAAGGCUUAAUAUUUGACAAGAUUUUAUUAUCAAAAUUUUAUUAUCACACCAAGAGUACCACUUGCAAGUCUAAUUUAUGUCCAAAGACAAGAUUAGAUGUUGCGCUAGGUAUCUUGUGAUGGGGAUUGCUAAUAUUUAAAUUUAAAAUUAAUUAUAAAAAUUAAUUUCAAUUCCUAGAGCAUAUCAUUUAUAUUAUUUUUGUUCUCUUUCAGUCAACAAUUCUGCUGCUACAAUAUCUGCUAAUAUUAAUAGCAUCUCAGUGCUUAACGGCACGAAUUUUAAGGAAUGGAAAGAGAAUGUUAUGAUCGUUCUCGGUUGCAUGGAUCUAGACCUUGCACUUCGGACUGAGAAACCCGCCGCUCUUAAGGACACAUCUACCCUCGAUGAAAAGAGGGAGAUGGAGAGGUGGGAACGCUCAAACCGCAUGAGUCUAAUGAUCAUGAAACGUGCAAUUCCAGAAUCAUUCAGGGGCACAAUGUCUGAUGAGGCCGAUGCCAAAUCAUUCCUUGCUGAACUUGAAAAGCGUUUUGCUAAAAACGAAAAGGCGGAAACUAGUACUCUUUUGAGCACUCUUGUUUCUAUGAAGUAUAAAGGCAAAGGGAACAUAAGGGAGUACAUUUUGGAAAUGUCUCAUAUUGCUUCAAAACUAAGUGCACUAAAGCUUGUUUUACCUGAGGAAUUGCUUGUGUAUUUAGUUUUGAUCUCUCUUCCUUCUCAAUUUAAUCAAUUUAAAGUCAGUUACAACUGCAUUAAGGAGAAAUGGUCUCUCAAUGAGCUCAUUUCUCAUUGUGUUCAAGAGGAAGAGAGAAUAAAGCAAGAUAAGACAGAAAGUGCUCAUUUGGCAUCUACCUCUAAGGGCAGCAAUAAAAGAAAAAUUAAGGAAGCUGCAAAUUCGGGGCCUCCCAGGAAGCUUCACAAGGAAACUAAAGAAGAAACUAAGGAAUCUGGAUGCUUCUUUUGCAAAGGGACUAAUCACAAGAAAAAGAACUGCACUAAGUACCAUGCUUGGCGUGCGAAAAAGGGGUUACCUGAGCUGCCGAAAACCAAUUGAUGGUGAAAGAUACAUCUAUGUCGGUGAUGGCAAGCGGGUUGAAGUUGAGGCUAUCGGUGUUUUUAGAUUAUUAUUAAAGACUGGUUUUUAUUUGGAUUUGAAAGAGACAUUUGUUGUGCCGUCAUUUAGGCGGAAUUUAAUUUCUAUUUCUGCAUUGGAC